AUAUCCUCAUUUCCAAUAAAAAAGAAAAAGGGUCUCUAGAAAAGCAGAACUCAAGAGCUCAAAAAAAUCCCCAAUGGAGGAGAAAGUAAAAGCGUUUUUUGAACUAAACGAAGAAGAAUCGGCAAGCGUAUCAAAACUCACCUAUCAACCUCACCGAGUCGGUCUCGAUCCCAGUUUCUACGAAGAUUUCGUUUUAAGAGGCAUCCGAGUUGACCGUGUCGAACCCGGUUUCGUCUCCUGCACUUUCAAAGUCCCUCCUCGCCUCACUGAUAGAAGCGGGAAGUUAGCUACAGGUGCAAUUGCAAAUCUUGUAGAUGAAGUAGGUGGUGCGGUGGUGUUUGUUGAGGGUCUUCCUAUGAAUGUCUCCGUUGAUAUGUCUAUCUCUUUCCUUUCCUCUGCUAAUCUCCAUGAUGAACUGGAAAUUACAGGUAAGGUAUUAGGAAGAAAAGGAGGGUAUGCUGGAACCACUGUUCUUGUUAAAAAUAAAGCAACAGGGGAGUUAAUUGCUGAAGGUCGACAUUCAUUAUUUGGUAAACAUACUAGCAAAAUCUAAACACACAUAUAUAUUUAUAUGUUUCUGUUAGGUGUAGAUGUCACUCUUGUUUUCACAUUAUCCUUUCACAAUAACAUCUCUGCUGUGAAUAUCUUUCUUGCAACCAUAAAUUUUAUAUUAUCCAAUGUAUAAAGAUUCAGUAUGUUUGCAGUAAAAACAUAUUUUGGUUGUUCA